GAGAUAUGAGACCCUGAAAGUUUCCUGGCAAGCAUGUACGCAGGAGUUUUCGGUUCUCACCUUGUCCUUCGCUAUCCCACGUUGGCUCUCUUCAGCAAACAGUGGUACUUAGGAAAAUCAUCUCUUGAGCUGAAAGAGUUUGCGGAAGGAAUCUCACUAUUGGUGCCCCUGAAUGGUCUAAGUAAGUUCAGCUUCGCAAACAUUAGAUGUGAUGCAGACAAAAGGGGUAAGAACCAAAGAAGAAAGCAUGUCUCUCGAAGAACUAAAAAGGGAGAUGAAAACCAGAGACCUCGAACAUUUGAUGGUAAUAGAUCCAAGUCGCCUGACCAGGAAGAGAUAAUUGCUCUGCUCAGACGGAUACAGUUGUCCAUAUCAAAGGGUGAGUCCCAAGGCAGCCCAACAAGUUCUCCGCACAAGGAUAAGCCCUCCGUUGAAUCAAUUCUGGAUGUUCUUCGAGAAUCAGGAAAGCAAGUGAAAGACAAAGUUUCCGAAGAAACCACAGAAAACGAAACUCUUACAAGAGGCGUGUCUGGGACAGAGGAAGAGGUGUCAGAGCAUCCACAAGAAUCAAACUUUAAGUUCACGAGACUGUCAUCAAAAUUUGUAAGGAAAUCCCCAAUUCCAUUAAUUCCAGUGCCAAGAAGAAAAGCUCUCGAGCUAAACGAUGAAGCAUCCGCAGUUAGUGGUGCGGGAGACAAGCAAGGGCAGUCUGAGGGAACACUGGAGAGAAUGAAACUUUCAGAGCUAAAAGAAAUAGCCAAGUCCAAAAAAAUCAAAGGUUACUCUAAACUUAAGAAACGUGAACUCAUCGAAGUACUAGGGUCCUAGAAAGUAGUCCUACUGGAUGCGAUCAUGUCAAAAGCCAGGUUUGUUGAUUUAAUUUUAAAACAAAAAAAAAUUGAUUUUUGGUUCCAUGAUACCAUGGAUAUUUAUGGCUGAAAAAAGUUGGCUUAGAAGAGAAUUCAAACAUUGCAAGUCCCUGUCAUCUGGAAACUUUAUCUCUGCACUUGAAGCAACAAGAUGGUUCAUUGUUCAUUCUCACUCUACCUACGGAGUAGGAUUUCCUGAACUAGUGUUAAUAAUUGCUUUGUCCUUGUUCUUUGAACGUCCCCUCCUCUUGUUGACUACUUUAGGGCCACUCAGCUCAUAAAUUAUGACUUGAUUGACUUCAAUAUGUCAUCAUGGUCUCUCA